AUGGUCUCCCUCUUCGGCUGGGGCUCCAACUCCAACGACUCCAACGUUCCGAAACCUCAAGAAACACCCCAAAGUACAAAUCAAACACAGCCCCUCCAAUCAGCACCCUCGCCGUCCGAAUCAUCACAACUAGCUCAACAACCCCUACAACGCAGCAACAGAAACCUCACUCUCCUCCUCGGCGGCGUCGCCUUCUUCUCUCUUUCGGUAUGGGUCACACGCCGCGCCAGCAUCAGGAAACGCAUCGAAUGCAUACCUCCGUUCUAUUCCAGCUCAACAUACUACCAACCACCAGUCAAUGGUGCAGGCGAGGCCUUCGAGGCCCUCAGUCUGGCCUCUCUCAAUGUUCUCUCGUUCGGUAUGAUGACCACCGGAGCGGCUAUGUAUGCCCUCGAUAUCAAUGGACUUGACGAUGCGCGCCGGUUUAUGCGAGUUGCAAUGUCGAACGGUAUUGAUGAGACCGGAAAGUCAGAUGAACAGCUUGAGGAGGAGGUGACUGAGUGGGUCACCAGUCUACUUGGUGAUCGAUUCACGAAGCAGUUGGAACAGGAGCGAGCGAAGAAGCAGCAGCAGGUCGCUAGCGAGAAGAGCGAUUGA